AUGGGAGAUACCACACGCGAAGAAGAGCGGCGGCGGCGCAGUGCCAGUGCUGGUAAGGCGCCAGCAACAGACUCAGAUCCAGAAGCUAAGGUUGCAGAGCCUCGAAAGCCCUCCAUGAUGGUGUCAGGAGAUCCUCCUAACAUCGAGGAACAGGAUCCACCGCUUGAUGCGACGGACAGCGACGACGCUGAAGGCGACGACGAGGACGACGAAUUCGAUGGCGGUGAUACGAACUCUGCGGAGUCUGUCACUGUACGGAGUAGCAUAUGGGAGCACGAGUGGGAGGGAGGACGAAGGUAUCAUCACUAUCGCCACGGCCGCUAUCCCCUACCAAACGACGAAAUCGAGCAAGAGCGAGAGUAUUUGAAACAUGUGAUACACAUGGAACUCGUCAGCGGCAAGCUGUUCAACUCUCCCAUUGCGCCGAAUCCACAACGAAUACUGGACCUUUGCACCGGCACAGGGCUUUGGCCAGUAGCGGGUAAGCUUUGCGACUCCCUCUGUUUCUUCCUUCAAGGUCCUCGAUUAUUUGCUAAGGCAGAGGUAGUUGCCAAGAUGUAUCCAAGCGCCGAAAUCGUCGGCCUCGACCUCAGCCCGAUCCAACCACUUAUGGUCCCCCCGAAUGUGCGGUUCCUAGUCGACGACGUGGAGGAUGAGUGGAUGGAUCGCGGCGACUACGACUUGAUUCAUCUCCGUCAUUCAUGCAUCUACUUGAAGGACGUGGACAAGAUGAUAAGGAACAGCUAUUCCCACCUAAAAGAAGGUGGCUGGCUUGAAAUCACAGACUACUGCAGCUUCCUCCGAUGCGAUGACGGCACAAUGCCCGAAAACCACCCACCCGCGCAAGUCGCCAUGAUGAUGCACCAGGCCCUAUCGAGAUACGGCAUGAAUGCCUAUGUCAUCAACGAGCUGGAAGACAAAUACAAAGCCGCGGGUUUCAAGAACAUCCAAUGCCGAGUAAUCAAGACGCCCCUCGGCGCUUGGCCCAAGGAUCCCCACCAGCGUGAAAUAGGAAUUCUCUUCCGCGACGCCAUCAACGAGCUCGUCGGCGCCCUCGCCGCGAAACCUCUCAGAACACUAGGAUGGGACGACACCGAGCUGGAAGUCUAUCUCGCAUCCGCACGGAAAGCUCUCUGGGAUAAAAGAGUGCAUUGUUAUGCCAACUUUAUAUCUUGGUGGGCUCAAAAGUGA